AUGGAAGUCAUAACACUUUCUUCACUUGGAUGGUUGUGUCUCAUAAGCUUGGUGUGCGGGAUUACCUGCGCGCUAAUGAUUCCGGAUGUCAAGGUGAAGGAAAAGUUUCAAGCUGGUAUUACCAUUCUCACAUUAUCUGGCUCUUGGGUCAGACACAGCAAGGUGGCGAAGCUACUGGUAUUGUCUGGUAGUAAUGAUUGGAUAAAUGAGAGGGCUGAUGGUCCACAGACCCUGGAGAAGUUCAAAUAUCCAGGAGUUAUCUCACACGCAAAGACCUUUGCGGCGCGAGAGCUGGCCGCUAUAUAUGGUCAUGAAAACGCAGUAUUUGCCUUCCCGUCCACCAAGAAAGACGACCUUCUCCACGCCAUGUGGUGCGCAUGUGCAUUGGGAAACCAAAGCAUGGCCGAGACGAUAUGGCGCCAUCACAAGCAGAGAUCAUAUUUCAAGAGACAUGCAAACCCAACAAAGAUGGUCAGCACGUUCCACGCACCGCCACUUCACUUAGCUGUCACUUCCGGAAAUCCUGCACUUGUCGCAUAUCUGCUUGAGCGUGGUUUUGUUGUCAAUGAUAAGCGAACUGCCGACCGCUCGCCGUAUAGCUCUCCUGCGCACUAUGCCGCUAUAACUGGCUCUGCAGAGAUUCUUUAUCUCUUGAAGAGUAGCGGAGGUGCAAUGACGAGCUUGGACUUCCGGAACCGGACUCCGCUUUCCUAUGCCGUUGAGUAUGAGCAUUCAGAGGCAGCUCUGUUUUUGGUGAAGCACGCGCCUAUAUACCAAAGCACUAGCAAAGAUGCCGUGACGUUCCACCUCGGUUCAGGUCAUCGAAAAUAUGUAAAAGGUUGGAAUGUGAUAAGUAAAGAGAUAAAGGAUAUUCUCAAACAGAUGGGGAUAUAA